AUGAACAGUCUUAUGAACUGCAGAACCAAUAGGCUUGUAAAUAGUAAGUAAAUCUUUCAUAAAAUGACCAUAUCGUAGUUAAUUAGAAAACCUUUUGAUAUUCGAUUAGUUUCACCCAACUUUGUUUUUUGCUGUUUCCGACGCGGUAUACAUUCACAUACAUUUGACGCGGUAUAUUGACUAAACUACAUUUCGUAAUUUUGCUAAUUUGCAUAUUUUCGAUAUAGUCGAUAUUUUUUCAACUAUAAACUUCAUUAAUAUUUACACUGGUUUGCUCCAUGACUGAUUUUUGUAGGGGUCUAUUUGGAACCAUCAGUUAUUAAAUACAAUCAUGUUACUACAGGAGAAAACCGUUAUAUAGUGGUAUUACUGAUAAAGAUGGCGGCCUCGAAUGAAAGUAUUGAAUGUUUUCGCGAAUAUUUUGCUGUUGGCUAUCGCGUACCUAACCCUAUAGCUUGGAGCACUGGGAAUCGCGUAUUUACGAAUCAUUGAAAUCGCAAUAUAAAGCAUGCCGCGGAAACAUGAACUACAGUAAUACGACAGCUUUUCUUUUGCUUGUUUUACCUAAGUUAUAUAUAGAAUACUCGUCGAUUUUUAAACCUUACACCGAAGUGUAUUAAGUAAUCGAACUAUGAAUCGAAUUCUAUAAUCGUUGACUUUUUAACAGCUAUCAGCACCAAAAAAAGAUUUUUACUUUGUCUGAAGUAUGGUCGGCAAAAAUUUGCCGACCUGGGAGGUUUUAACCUAUUAAAAUAGGUCGGCAUUUAGGUCGGCAUUAGAGAGUUUAAGUUCGACUUCCGAUACCAAUACCGAUAUCAACGUCUUCACUUCCGUUCUCAUUUUGGUACCGGGAAUUUUAAAGCGUUAAGUUAUCACGACUGAUAAAGUAUAGAACACAUUAAUCGUCACCGAAAAUUUGUGGUAUACUAAACGGCAGCUGAGCUAAAAUUCCGACUAAAACAUGACUCAGGCGAUGCUAAUAAACAAAUAGUUUACGUAUUCAUGGAAAAUUAUGAAAUAUCCAAUUUAUACGAGUUUAUCUUACAAUUCCCACGACUUCCAAUACAAGGCCGACUUCGGUAGUGCUGACUUCCAAUACACUUGCCCUCGUGCUUCUUGCGAGCAGAGCGCAUGCGCAUGACCUGUUGUUAGUAUCGGUAUUGGUAUCGGAAGUCGAACUUAAACUCUCUAUUGUCGAGUGCCGACCUCGUUUUCGAGUGCUGGAUUAGAUAUAACAAGCCAGGAAAACUUUGCCAAGUGGACGGUUCGCUAUAAACGUAAGUUAAAACUACAAUUGUCUCGAACAUUUUUAUGUAUAUUAUUAAUACGUAAUAGGAUGGUUUCUCGUGAAAUUUGAAUAAAACAAGCACUCGUGAGUUUUUCAAAUACCUCAAAUAGCACUCGUCCUUCGGGCUCGUGCUAUUUUGAUACUGUUUGAAAAACUUACUCGUGCAUGUUUGAUCCAAAUUGCACUUGAAACCAUCCUAUUACCUAUACUAACGCCAACAUUCCGACUUUACUCAAUGAUCAGAGACAUGACAACGAAAGCAAAUUUUCACUCGUUCUUUAAAUUCAUAUUCUGUGUUAUAUUUACUUUAUUUUCGUCCUUGAAGAUGAGGCGACUGUGGAUGCUAUAUAUGCGGUUGUAAACAAACCUCUAAAACAACAGAGUCUCGUGGAUGCAACUGAACCAGAGGAAGCAGAGGAGGAAGCGCCCCCUUUGCCAAGUCGACCAAACUUUGAAGUUGAGGACGAUCCAAUAAAACCUCAGGAACAAUUGGCUAAGGAAGAACCACAACAAGAAAAAGCUAGUAAGGGGUCGAGCAUUAUGAAGACAAUUAAAAAACAUAUUCGACAAAAGUCUGACGGAAGUCAGGCGAAGAAACAUACAGAUGAGUCAAAGGAUUCUCUGGUUAAAAAAGGUGCUUCAAACGAGGCGUUAGAUGCGAAACCAAGCACACCAAUAAAGGCUUAUUUAGUAACUGAUAUUGUCGGCCAACCUUCAACGAAAAUGUUUGGAGAACCAGAGAUGUACGAGUCAGUAUCAGAUAGGCGGGAAGAGGAAAGCGUAUCAAAAGGUGCGACAGAUUUACCUGAUGGAUGGCAGGAAGUGAAGGAUUCGGGUGGGACUUAUUAUUGGCAUGUCGCCAGUGGUACUACUCAAUGGGAGAAACCCAAGGUAUAAACACGAUUAGUCCUACUUUCAUAUAAUAAUGAUUUGUAAAGAACAGCAAAUCUGAAUCCUGUAGAUGCAAAUUUUAACACAAAAUAAACACCUUAGCGUAACCGGCCACGUUACCAGCCAGUGCGCUAAGGAAAAGCCGUCACCCUCCUGAAAACAUUCACAAUGGCCGGCUUGGCUUAGACGUUCAGGGGGGGGGGGUGUCUCUCGUUAGCACAAUGGCUACGAAUUAUGACUGUAUAACCAAUUUUCCCCUUCAUUACAUUACUACAAAGUUUUUGUUUUCAUUACUACUGUACACUACUACAAAGCGUAUACUUGACACAGAGUGAAUGGCUAUCACUGUUUCAUUUUUAUAGAAAAACAUUGUUAAGUGUAUACCCUAAGCAACACAUAAAAGUUUGUCAAAUUUUGAUCUAUUGUAUCAUUUAGCCUUUCCCAAGAGGAGUUGCAUGACUUUUCUGGGGAGCUGCAAAUAUUUCAUGGGAGGUCAAAACGAUCUCAGGAAAAAACUUCCACACCUCCCCUCAAAAUCUGGCCAUGCAAUGAAAUUAAUAAAGAUUGCAAUCCGUAACAGUAAUAUUAUGUGGAAACGGUUAAAAGUUCUCGAAAUCGUAACGAAUUUAACAUUAAGACAGAACAGCAUGCGUGAAUAAAAUGUUUAUUUCUUUGCUUAAAUUUUGAACGAAAACUUGCAAAUUUAUGUUUUUCAAAUGUAUUGCGAUAUGUGGCCAUAGUCUUGUGUACCAAGUAGUACUUUCUAUAACACGAACGAUAAUAUGUAUCCUUUCUUUAGAAAUUAGAAAGCGCCACAGCCACAGAUGGUUCAAGCAAACGUCCGAUUGUGUAAGUAAGACAGCGUCUUUAAAGUGCUUAUGAUACGAAAUUUCACCCAAUCUUUUCUUGAAUGCAUUGGAAAGAUCAUUAAAAAUAACUGUAUAACCUCUUUGGUCGGAAACUUGUAGCUCUCUUUCUUCCGCGAUACUCCACUUUGUUAAUUUGAUACGCAAAUAUCAUCAGUAUGACACGGCAUGAGACUGCAUAAUGAGUUUCUGCAUAACAGAUUGUUUAUCUUGUGGGGAAACGAUAACAAAUACUUAGGAUUGUGCUUAUAUGUGCGUAAACCAUUUAAUUAGUCAUGAUAUCUGUGUGUGGAAUAUUUUAACCAAUUUCAAAAUUUUUAUUGUGUUGAUUCACUUCAGCACUUCAUUCCGUGUUUAUGAGGCAAAUCUUGGUAUGCCAUACUUCCUAGCAAACAGCAUCACUAUAGCUGAGCAUUUCAAAUCGAAAAAGACUUGAAAAAGCCUAGUUUUAUUAUUAUUAUUAUUAUUAUUAUUAGUAGUGUUAUUAUUAUUAUUAGUUUUACACGGAGACGCCGAGUUCUCCCAAUUCAACCCCUCUAGGAGGAUCGGCCUUCUAGAGGUAUAUAUGUAUUUAUAUAGAAAGUGUAAAGUAAUUUUUUAAUAAAAAAAUUGAGGAAAUUUGAAACUUUGCUCAAAAAAUUGAGUAUUUUGCUUUUUAUUAAAAAUCAGGGGCGGAUCUACCGUGGGGGUGCAGGGGGUGCACACCCCACCUAGUGGUGUCUAGCACCCUCCUUAGAAAAGUCCAGUACCACCCUAAAAAUAUGUGCUUGUCCAUACAUUUUCUGCUUUUCGAAUAGCGAUUAGCGGAACUUCUAUAAACAAAAGAUAAAUGUAACAGAACAUGUUGGGAUAGUAGCGUUGCAGAUGGUAGAGGAGAGUGGGCAGUAAGGCACCCUGGUGCAUUACCCCAUGGAAAACCUGAAACCCUCUUUGCAGAUGAGGCUAGAUCCGCCCCUGUUCAAAAUUUGGAGUCAUUGUGGGUGCAUUAUUUUUCUCACGUUUUUAAGUCCAAAUACGCAUUUCUUCGUAGAGAUCCACCGAAACCGAAGCCAAAGCCAGAACUGAAAACCGUAAGUAUAUGGUGUAAUAAUUUUUUUUUGUCGUUUUGCAUGUCGAAUAAUAUCAUUUGCAAAUCAUAAAUUUACGUGGUGUUUCCACAAACCAAUAUUGAUAAGUAUGAUGUACUGUAGUUACAGUAUUUACAUGCACCAUGCGAAAUCUAUGUGUUUAUGAAAUACAUUCAGGACAUACGGACAUUAAUGAACGGAACAAAGAUUAUAUCCACGUCAGACGAUAUUUUCCACCACAGAGUAAAUUCAUCAUCUCAUCUUUUUGUUUGGGUUUUAUAAUUUAUGUCACAAGUGAAAUGCUAUCGUGAAAUCUAAAAUUCACCUUCGACUUACAAAUAUAUAAUAACAAGAAUCGUUACAUUAUGCGGAUGUGAUGACAAAGCCAGCAUGUAGCAUUUGCCUCUUAUGAUUCCUUUGUUAGCAUUGGCUAUAUUUUGUGCACGACAGUUAUUGCGGAAAAGGAUUGAGUUACUUCGCCAACUGGAAAUCGACGGUUUCCCAUUAGAGAAUAAUACUCUUUAUCAUUCAUUCUGGUCACUACGUGUCUUCUCAUUGGCCAGUAGCUUACAGCUAAACAUGCAUGCAAUCACGCAAUUAACACAACACAGUCGUCAUAUCUGCUAGCAAAUGACUGAGUUAUGUGUACGUUGAGCCUGCGUUAUGUAUUUUUAUGGCAAGCGGCAGUUUUAAAUACACUAAUAAAUGCAUGAACGAACGACAUUUUUGUGAAUGCUUUUUGUGCAAAAAGCAGAAUUAUCUCGAAUUAGCAAGGUGUCAGUAAGUGUCAUCAGUCUCACCCUCGGCUCGACUGAUACUGUGAUAGCACUUACAUCGACCUUGAUAAUUCUAGAUAUCGCAAAAACCUCAUCCACUAACUGUUUAGAUUAAUUAGUUGACUGCGAAUGUACGUACAUGCAUGUAUACAGCAAUAUUACUGUACUGUCGAGAAUUAAAAACCUCCUGUUGUUUAUAACAACUAUAUGUUUUCGGAACUGACCAAAUCAGACAGUGUACAAAUGAAUGAACAAACUGCAGUUGACCAAUUUGUGGUCGUGUGGUCAAAUGCGUGGUUUGCUUUCGUGUAGCUGUAGUGAACGACAAUGGAUGAUUAAUGUUUGCGUAUUAAGCUUUAUGUUUCCUAAUUAAUCCUGCUUUGUCCUGUAUCAUGUAUGACUAUAUAUACAUCGGCUAUUUCAUACAGACUUGCAUAUAACUGUUGAUUUGUUCUUGGCUAAAAAAAAAUUGCUAAAGAUAAACUUUGAAAGGCUUGUUUUGAAAACUGCACCUGCUACAGCCGGCAUAACCGUCUUCGUGAUAAUGAUAUGCAUAAGCGUCACUUGCCACUUCCACCGAGCAACAAAACACUGUUAUUUUGACAGCGAUUCUUAAGAAUGGCUCUAAGUAGGAGUUGACAGGAUUUAUUAGCUUAAAGUUAUGGAAUGCGAAGGUGCUGUUGGGGUGGAGGAUUUGACGCACAAGACUUACAUUGUCGUAGGUUUUUACUUUCGUAACGUUUUGUGUUUGUAUAGUAUUGGUAUAAUAAUAUAUAUAGAAUAGUUUCUUUGCUCAGUCUCAAGUCUUCUUCCACGCAGUAUAAUGUUUACAUUCAAAUCAGUAGGACGAGAUUGGCUUUUAUUAAACUGUGUAUGUAUUUAAUAGGUUUUGCGCGAUUAGAAUACACAUAUAUAGUAUAGGUAAAUAAACACAAACAUAUGUUCAUCUAUAUAAUAAUUUAUAUGUAGUAACUAUGAUAUAUAGCUUAAUCCCAUGUGCCGAAGAUUGCAUAAGAUAAGCCAAGACAUGCUUACAAUUAAAACGUUUGUCGUAUUCCGUGUAACAUUUGUUAUAACUAUAGCCUAUAUAUUACCACAAGUAUAAAUGUCUUAAAAACAUCGAAGAUAAAGCGUUUUCUUAUAUAUUUGGACAACAUACAUGCAAGAUCUUAGGAAAACGUCCUAAAUAUAUGCAUAUGUAAAUUUCAUAAAUUUCUGAACGCAGGAGUGGAACACUAUCUCUUAUUAUUUUUGCAAUGCCAGUGGCUUUGGAAAUAUGUACAGACUACAGUACCAAAAAUUAAUGAUGUACAAUUCAUUGUUAGUGUUGGAGUUCCAUAUAAUCAUGCAAGUAUAUAUACGAAAAUCGGAUUAACUUCUUUUAUACUAUAGCUUCCAAUCUUCAGUACCUGCAGAUCUACACACUAUUGCCAGUUUCUCGUAAGGUCGUGUUGAUUUUAUUCUGCUCAUUUUGAAAUAAUGCAGAAGCACCCCAGACUGACUGUCCUAGUUACUUGAUUACCGAUGUAUUAAGUCAAUGCAGUGAACAUUUAAAGUAGUGAUUAUUUGAGGAAUUAUGUAAUGUAGUGAAAAUUUGUCAAAUUUAAGUUAUAUUUUUAAUCACGAAAAAUUUAUUCAUUAUUGGCUGGUGGCCAGCGUGUGCCAUGAUAAUAUACGUAUAAGAGACACUUUUUUUACUGAUGUGUGAUGUCGCCUAUUUACGAUGAAAGUAUUCAAAACCUAUAUCUUUUUGGCGUUCCUCUCAAAAUUACUUUGUUUUAGCUUUAUUUUGUAGUUUACACAGUUAUAGCAACCUUUCUAAUUGUGUCUGGCGGUUUGGAAACGCAAAAUAAAUACAUUUAUCAUUGAUGCUGUAAAAUUGACGCCAUAUUUAUGGACAGCAUGCAAUAUAAGCAAAGUUUACUAAACUUCGGACAUCAUUUUCUCUUUGGUGUAUCAUCUUUAUAAAAUCUCCUUUAGCAUUAUUUUACAGAUAAAGCACUAAACAUUCUUUUAUUGCCGCUUGAGAAACGAAUCAAUGCUUAAAAAUUUGAAUAUGGUCAAAACCAAUUGGAAAAGUAUAUAAUCAUUUAUAGUUUUGCAUGAGUAUACGUGCAUGUCACCAUCAUAGGUAUCUUAUAUAGACUAGAUAGCGCAUCUCUUUUAGUAAAAUUGAAGCCAAGAAUAUUCCAGCGGUUACCAUUCAAAUGGUUGAAUAGAUGGUGGCCAUGUUGGUGUUUCCCACUCGCUAAUAAACGCUUAAAAACAACAAUAACUUUCAUCAUUUGAAUAGUUUAAAAAUGUUUUUGGAAUAGGUUUACCUUAAAGUGGAAGUCAAGUCCGUUCUGCGCAUCGGUUCUGCUCAUGCAUAACAAUGUGAGGACCCUCUAAUGUAAACAUUGCCCUAAUUUCGAAUGCUUCGAAUUUUUCUGAACAUAAACUUUACUUCAUAUUCAUUUAGAAGCAUAGCGAACCAAAAUGGUGUUAGAUAUUCAGACAGUAUAUCAUAUUUUAAAAAAUACAGCAGUUGAAAAUGUAAACAAACCGUUUGUUUACAUACGCGGACUUCACUUCCACUUUAAUAUUUAAGUUCCGUGUUUAAGAAAUAGAAAACAUACGAAUCUUCUCAUUUCAUGGGAAUAUCCUGAGUCUGCGAUCACGGCUUAAAUUUUUGAAUUGUAGAAUAAUUAAGCCCCGUUUACACUACGCUCAAUUUUUGGUACGGCACGGAUAAAAUUGGUACCCGUACCACUUUUUUGGUUCUUGAAACAAAAAGUGGUACCGUACCACUUUUUUGGUUCCAAGAAACAAAAAGUGGUACGGUACCAUAAAUUGAGCGUAGCGUAAACGGGACUUCGCAAAAUAGGUAGUCCCAGAAUAAAAAAAGUGGUACGGGUACCAAUUUUAUCCGUGCCCUACCAAAAAUUGAGCGUAGUGUAAACGGGGCUUUAGAUGCACUAUCUAGUGUAUAUAUAAGAUAUCUAUGGUCACCAUAGACAAUCCAAAAGACUUGUCUUUUGGAUUGUCUAUGGUGUUACGUAACAAUGUAACAUACAACAGAUUCUCUUCAUAAUAUAUCACUUUUGCUCGCCUGUUUUCAAUUUAUAUACAAUUUUCGAAACGCUCACUUGCCUUGCCAUAUAAACUUCGAGUAGAAGUUUGAAUUAAGAAGGUCGGUUGCAUCAGAGCGGGCACUCGGGCUAUAGACUCUAGCUUCCCAUGCAUGCAUAUAUACGAGGUUUAAGUUCAAUUUUUGUGGCGAAGGAACAAUUUUCUUGACAGAAGAUGCCCACGCAUGUCGCAUAACUAAGAAUGAAAAAUUUUUUUGGCUUAUUUUAAUUUCAAUCUUACUUUCUGAGUAUUCAUGCAAUAACAUUUCUCGAUGUAAAAAAUAGUUAUAAGAUAAAUCUCUCAUUUAUGAAUAUUUACAUUCAGGUCAAAGGAGAUUAAAAAAAUAAUGUCGAAGCACAUUUAAGUGCGAUUGAACUGAUAGAGAAAGAUAUGAUUGCAAUUAGACUAUACAAAUCGGUAAAGGAACGAGCUCGAUAAUUACAUCUUUUGCCUUGAAGAGGAAACAAAUACAAUACAAUUUAACUCGUAGUUAUGGAGACAGUUUUUGUAAUAAUGUAUAUCAUUUUGGUUUAUAUUGACAAUUGUCCGGAAGGACUAUAUACAAUUUGACCAAUUUAUUUCAAGGAUGUCUUAAGAGUCUUUGAAAGAGCUUUGUUAUGCACUCAAAACUUGUCAUCAUUUAAUGUAUAAAUUCCAGCCUUUAAAAGGCAACACGCGAAUUACUUUUAGGUCAUAGACUGAUAGCUUGAAUCAGCUGCACGAAGAAAGACAUGGUAUGGCCCCGAAAUUCUUGUUCGUCUGACAUCGCUAAUCAAGCACUUGUAACAUUUACUUUUUAUUAUGUAUAUGUAUAAUUACUAUAGUGUUCAUACUGUAUAUAUACCUGAAUAUAAAAAUUAUGGCCGUGUAUAUCUUUAAUUUGACUCGAAAAGUUGGGUGAUAAACUGAUAUUGUCCCUUUUUCAAAGGCAAAGUACUGUAGUAAUUGCUCUUGUGCCCAACAUUGACAGCCACAGUUGUUUGUUUGAAAGUGAACGCUUUUAAUCUGCAUAAUUGCAGACAAAACUUAUAAUUAUGUGUAUAAUUGUUUGGACAUUUUAUAGGUGACCAGUUUUCCAGUGCACUCGAUGGGUUGGGUCGAACUGGAAGAAAGUCAAGUUGCCCCACACAAUAUGACUGAUACAAUUGCUGAGUGCAUCAGUAAUCUGGCAAGAGAAAGAAAGGAUCUGUGGAAAACACCUGAAACAUGGGGUGGGGUAAGUAUUAAACGUAAAUGUAUAGCCCAGUUGGUUAGAGCACUGCACCGGAAUCGAUGCAGGGCCGCAGUUUCGAUUCCUGCCUGCAGGGACCUAAAAUUGUAUUUUUCGCUUCUGUUGCUGGUUAGGUCUAAUAAAUGUAUAUAAAUUUCCACUCGAUAAUUUCCAUCUAUACAAUACCCUUCAACUAUAAGUAUUAAACGAUACUUUUACUUUUUAUGUCGCACGUAUUUGCAUUGUUGAAUGGUCUGUGCCAGUGAAGGUAGUUCCAAUAUAGCCGGUUACAGACGAGCUUUCUAUGACAUGCAAGUUUUAUUUGCUCGUCUGUACAAGCGACUUUGCCAAUUCAUGCCUGUAGAAAAGGAUAAUUGUCGUCUUGGCAAACAUAAAUUUUGGAUCUUCAUUGCUGUAUAUAGCAGCUGGAAAGCCUGGAAUCUCUAUAGGCCAGGAGAUUUCGGGAAUCUGGCUGCUGGCCCCAGGAAAAUCUUAGAAUUGACUCAACUGAGGAACGUUUUAGUAUUUUAGUAAUUUUACAUCACAUAAUUUAUGACUUGUGAGGAUGAGAAUUCAGAAAAUAUCAUGUUAUAUAAUACACACUGGGGAGAAUAUUUGUGCAGAAGAAUUAAAUCUUAGCAUUAAUUGAAGCAUUCAUAUUUCAUAAUUGAUAUGGAUCUUCAACAGUAAUCACUAUUGACUAUUCAACGGUAAUGUGUUGAAUUCUUUCAGUUUGUAUAAUUUAAUCAUUGUAAAAAUCAUUCUUAAUUUUAAGUUUGUUCGUUCACUGCAACCAGGUAUAUCAAUCAUGUUUCGCUCGCUACUCUGGUUUAAAUAAAUGAUUACAAAGCCCAGUCGAAUUGUAAUCAAGACCCAACGUUUCGACACUCCAGUCGACACUAGACUGCAUGGAGUGUCGAAACGUUGGGUAUAUGAUUACAAUUCGACUGGGCUUUGUAAUCAUUUAUUUAAACCAGAGUAGCGAGCGAAACAUUAUUCUUAAUUUCUUAUGCAAAUUGUUGCUUACAACUUGCAAGAUGAUUUUUCAGUUUGGUCAUGAAAAAUUUCGUCUUGGCCCAUCACACCUAGGAGGAUUUUCUACUGGCAUGUGCCAAUUUUUACCAUGACACGUACACUUGUUCGAAAGCUAGUAUGCUAGCUUUUGAACAUGCAUGUGCACUUGUCAUAGAAAAAAUUGGCAAAGUACAAAUUGUGUUCGUCUACAUGGGUCAACAAGUGCUCAGAUUACUUUGCCAAAUUUUCUUUGCAUGCGAUUGGUCAGCGAUCUAUUGUUGUAAAAGAUGAUAAUAGCUCCCGUGGCAGUCAGAAAACCACAAACUUUACUAUAUGAUACGGCUUUUCUAUCGAUUAAACCUGGAGUAAAAAGAAUUUCAAAAUUGCAAGAUGCAAUAAAAUUGUUCAAAAAAUAAAUGCUAUAAAUGUCGUAGAUAUGUUUGACAUUCUUUAAUAGAUAUUGGUCUAUAGUUUUCAAUGACCGGUAAUGUUCAUUGUUAUUGUCGGCACAACCCGGCACUGCAGUAUGUCCUCAUUCAGCUAGAUUGAUUUUAGUGUUCACUGAAUAUAAAUAUGCAAUAUUUUCAUUGCUGGUGUCAUCAGAUGACGUUUUUGCCACGUAUUUUUUAAAAUUUGAAAUAAUUUUUCAAGUGAACUUUUUCAAUGCGUCCAAAUCUGCCCAACAAAUGUCUGUAUGACAACGCAUGUACUUUUAGGAAAGAACUGGGCUAUGCAUGCUGGUUCAGUACUCAGCACAUUCAUAUAGGGCAUUUCAGUGAAGGAGGCAAAUGGUUCUUUUUUUUUAUCUAAAACCCCUGUGGCGAAGUUACUUAAACUUGUACUGGAUAUUACUGAAGACUAGUAUUUAAACUUGUGUGUGGUGCAACUACUUGAAAACGAGAACAAAGUUCGACGUUUCUAGCGACGGACCUUCGUCUGGAGACUGGAAUUACUAGACACCAAAUCACCAAUAGACCUUUCCCCUUAUGAGUGAAAUUUUGAUCUAGAUAUGCCUGGACAAAAAUUUCAUCACAGCUUGAAAGAGCAUCACAAAAUUAGUAAUAUUCCGAAGUUUCGUUGCGAAAUGUUGUAAAAUGCGGAUAAUAUAGCCUUGCGAGGUUUGUCGUUUUUAUAAUAAUAAUAAUAAUAAUAAUAAUGGUAUUUUAAUAACACAUCAUCGCAUGAAAAUGAAUUACAAUGUGUUUUACAAUUGAUUUGAAUGGGAAUUACAAUACUAAAAGUAACUAUAUUACAAUGUAUCAUUAGAUUAUUAAAUAAGAACUUAUAACUAAGAACAAUUAUUUGUUUAAAACACUAAUCAUGCUAAGGAAAAAACUAUUACCAAAUCUAUCAGGUCUACAUUUAAAAGAAGCGAAUUGUUUAAAAUUCCUUAAAUUAUACACAUGUUCGUUUUCACUGGUGAGAAUUAGAUGGGAAGAAAGACGACUGCCCAAUGCAAUAUUUUUCAUCGUCUUUUCGCAAAGUUCACCUCGACGUAUAUCCAGCCUAGGACACUGCAACAUUUCUUGCGCUUCACCGUAGGAUCGACCUGGCAGUAUAAUCCUCAAUGCACGUUUUUGAAUUUUCUCGACUUGUUCAGACAGAUACAUAGGUAGACCACAAUGCCAUACUGUACAACAAUAUUCUAAUGUAGAUCUAAUCAAUGCAUAAUAAAUUGUGAUAAGGUCGUGCGGUGGAAUCCCUCCCCGUCGUAGGACACAUAGGAUAUGCAGUCGCUUGGAUGCUUUGGUAACAAUCAUCGAAAUAUGUUCGUUCCACUUAAGGUCAUCCUGGAUAAUCAAUCCAAGAACCUUGUGCGACGAUACACAUUCAAAGAUCUGGUCUUCAACACACAAGUGUGGUAGUUCAGGUUUGUUCCGAAAGAAACAAAUUUGCAUCUCUUUGCAUUUCUUUGCGUUCAAUUUCAUCAGGUUAUUAGAUGCCCAUGUAGCUAUAGAAGUUAAAUCAGACUGGAUUACAGACG